AGGUGGAGGAGGAGGAGGAGGAGGAGGCUAACGAAGCAGAGCAGACAGCUCCUGUCCGCGAAACGCACGCAGCUCCUUCAAUAAAAGAAAGAAAGAAAGAAAAACACACACAGGAGAAAGCAUGAAGAGCAGCGAGGCACCGAGGGGUACAUUUUCAUCUGCAGAGGACUGAGUGAAGCCGCAGCAUGGCGGGGGGGCGGAGGGGACUUGUGGCCCCCCAGAAUACUUUUUUGGAGAAUAUUGUGAGACGGUCGAACGUUUGGACACUGCCACAUAGACAGACAGACACCAACUUUGUCCUGGGCAACGCCCAGAUAGUGGACUGGCCCAUCGUCUACAGCAACGAUGGCUUCUGCAAGUUGUCAGGCUACCACAGGGCGGAGGUGAUGCAGAAAAGCAGCACCUGCAGCUUUAUGUACGGGGAGCUCACCGACAAGGACACGACGGAAAAAGUCCGACUAACGUUUGAGAAUUAUGAGAUGAACUCAUUUGAAAUCCUGAUGUACAAGAAGAACAGGACGCCGGUUUGGUUUUUUGUGAAAAUUGCUCCCAUUCGAAACGAACAAGAGAAAGUGGUUCUGUUCCUCUGUACGUUCAGCGACAUCACAGCCUUCAAGCAGCCCAUUGAGGAUGAUUCUUCCAAAGGUUGGGGGAAGUUUGCCCGAUUGACUCGAGCGCUAACAAGCAGCAGGGGAGUCUUACAGCAGCUACAACCUACAGUUCAUAAAGGAGAAAAUGUCCAUAAGCACUCCCGUCUCGCAGAGGUGCUGCAGCUUGGCUCUGACAUCCUACCUCAGUACAAACAGGAGACCCCCAAAACCCCUCCUCACAUCAUCCUGCACUACUGCCUCUUUAAGACCACAUGGGACUGGGUCAUCCUCAUCCUCACCUUUUACACGGCCAUCAUGGUGCCCUACAACGUCUCCUUCAAGACGAAGCAGAACAAUGUGGCCUGGCUGGUGGUGGACAGCAUCGUGGACGUCAUCUUCCUGGUGGACAUCGUCUUGAACUUUCACACCACGUUCGUGGGGCCCGCCGGCGAGGUCAUCUCCGACCCCAAGCUGAUCCGCAUGAACUACCUGAAGACCUGGUUUGUGAUCGACCUGCUCUCCUGCCUGCCCUAUGAUGUCAUCAACGCCUUCGAGAACGUGGACGAGGGGAUCAGCAGUCUGUUCAGCUCUCUUAAGGUAGUCCGGCUCCUCCGUUUGGGUCGGGUCGCCCGCAAACUGGACCACUACAUCGAAUAUGGGGCGGCCGUCCUGGUGCUGCUGGUCUGUGUUUUUGGACUGGCGGCACACUGGUUGGCCUGCAUCUGGUAUAGCAUUGGAGACUACGAGGUGAUUGAUGAAGAAACCAACAUUGUCCGCAUGGACAGCUGGCUCUACAUCCUGGCUGAGACGAUGGGCAGGCCCUACCGCUUCAACACCACUGGUUCGGGGAAGUGGGAGGGCGGGCCCAACAAAGACUCGGUCUACAUCACCUCCCUGUACUUCACCAUGACCAGCCUGACCAGCAUCGGCUUCGGCAACAUCGCUCCGACGACGGACGGGGAGAAAAUCUUCGCUGUGGCCAUGAUGAUGAUCGGAUCCCUUCUUUACGCCACCAUCUUUGGUAACGUGACAACCAUCUUCCAGCAGAUGUAUGCCAACACUAAUCGCUACCAUGAGAUGCUCAACAGUGUCCGGGACUUCCUUAAACUCUAUCAGGUCCCCAAAGGCUUGAGUGAAAGAGUUAUGGACUAUAUCGCCUCUACCUGGUCCAUGUCACGGGGCAUAGACACCGAAAAGGUGUUGCAGAUUUGUCCAAAGGACAUGAGAGCAGAUAUUUGCGUUCACCUAAACCGCAAAGUUUUCAAAGAGCAUCCGGCUUUCCGACUGGCCAGCGACGGGUGCCUCAGGGCUCUGGCUAUGGAGUUUCAGACGAUCCACUGCGCUCCUGGUGACUUGAUCUACCACGCCGGCGAAAGUGUGGACAGCCUCUGUUUUGUGGUGUCUGGUUCCUUGGAAGUCAUUCAGGAUGAUGAGGUGGUGGCUAUUUUAGGUAAAGGAGACGUAUUUGGCGACGUUUUCUGGAAGGAGGUGACUCUGGCUCAGGCCUGCGCGAACGUCAGAGCGCUGACCUACUGCGACCUCCACGUCAUUAAGCGUGACGCCCUGCAGAAGGUCCUGGAGUUCUACACGGCGUUCGCCAACCACUUCUCCAGGAACCUGCUGCUCACUUACAACCUGAGAAAGAGGAUUGUCUUCCGGAAGAUCAGCGAUGUGAAACGGGAGGAGGAGGAACGGCAGCGUCGCAAAAACGAAGCGCCUCUGAACCUGCCUCCGGAUCACCCGGUACGGAAACUCUUCCAGCGCUUCCGGCAGCAGAAGGAAGCCCGCAUGGCAACCCAGAAACAGGAGCUCAACGAACAGGACAUCGAGAAAGGUCCGGUCUACGUGGACGUGUCGAUGGUUAAAGCUCCUGUUACAACCACCAGCAUCGUCACGGUGACAGAAAGCCCAGCAACACCGUCCUCAUCGGCCCCUUCACCUUCAACGCCAACCAGUUGCCCCCCCACAGACAAGGCGAAGCUGCAGGUGCCUUCAGCAGUCGCUCUGGCGGCGUGCCGACCCACAGAGCCGGUCAAAGUCAAAGGCUGGGGCCGCUUCAAGGAGUCCAUGGCAAAAGCCGACAACUGGAACAAGGUGGCCAAAGCCGAGUCCAUGGAGACUUUACCCGAGCGGACCACCGAGCACGAGCCGCACACCACCCUCAAGAAGACGGACUCGUGCGACAGUGGGAUCACCAAAAGUGACCUACGCCUGGACAAAGUGGGCGAGUUCCGCAUGACUCCUCAGGACCGCAGUCCCGCCCAGCCUCCAGAAACCAGGCAUGCCUUCUACCCCAUCCCAGAGCAGACUCUCCAGGCCUCACUUCAGGAGCUCAAGAUGGAGCUGAAGGAGGACAUCAAGAAUCUGAGUGUGCGAAUGUCCGGCCUGGAGACGCAGCUCGCCGAAGUGCUCAAACUCCUCAGAGCCAGGAAAUCCAGUACCGGUUCGGAGCAGCCGCUUUUUGACAUUUCGAGGCCCACUUCGCCAGAACUGGACAAGGAGGACAUUUUUUCAUGAGGAACAGAGGCGCUCGGUCAGGUAAACGGCAAUCCGUGAGCUCAGCUGGAAUCCAGUAAUGAUGAGAUUGCUUGGAUAGCUGAGGCGGCGCACAGCACACCAUCUGCAUGAGGCGUGGUCCGAGAGACCCACCCACCUUAACAUGAGGUGUGCCCGCUGGUUAACGUGGGACCGUCAACGGUUACGGUGUUCGUAGCACUCAACGCUUGAAGGUUAUGUAACAAAAUGACAGAAAAAUGUUUGUACAUAAUUUAUUUUUCCACUGUGCCAUGUUGGAAAAAAA